UGAUCAUGGCAACGACGAUGGGAAGCAGGAACCGAACUCCAGAUCUUUGAGCCUGGCUAUCACCACCACCGGCAGCGGCGGCAGCAGCAGCAGCAGCCUGGUUCCUUUAGACAUUCCGACCAGCAAUUACGUCUAGGAACUUGAUAAUUACAGGGAAAGUGUUCGAAACUUGUGGCCUUUCGGUUUGACGGGUUGCAAAAUUACGAUCACUAAGAAUUUUGUUUUGAACUUACAAGAAGCUAAAUCUAUGGCUGGUCGUGUUGAUUCUGACAAACUUAAGGAGAAAGCCAGUGACAACUUGAAUGAUUUGCCCACCUUCAAUGCGGAAAAUAUGCAGAACAACGCGAAGGUCAUGUAUUACAGCCGAACAUUUAUGUCGAUAAUUGGAGGAGUCGUUGCUGGAAUUUUGGGGUUAACAGGGUUGAUGGGAUUUGUCUUUUAUUUCCUAAUUAUGGGCAUAACUUCAGCCGGACUGGCUGCCAAGGCUGGGUUUUCGAUUCAUUCGUACUUUGACAGCUGGAACAAGAUUUUGCUAGAUGGUUUCUUUGGCGGGCUUAUGUCUUUUGUGCUGUUCUGGACAUUUGCUUAUGACAUUGUGCACAUAUUCUGAGGAAUUCUUCAUGGAACAAGACUGGUCUUACUGCUUGCAAGGACAACAAGUUCUGGAUAAUCUGGAAGUCUUACAUUUUGUUGUCUGACAUUUCGAUCACACAGCUAAUGUGCCUCGAGAACUUUGGACCUUCUUCUUGCAGCUUUUGUAAGAAUUUUACAGGAUAUCUUAAACGCCAUGCGGCUUUUUGUAGUUAAUUUUGGAUACAAUGUUAUACUUUGUUUCACUUCGUGGUUAAUUAAGGUUGAAAAGCUCCAUCUGUUGACUAUGCAAUCUUUAUUGAGAUUGAACCAGAAAGUUUGUGAUAUCAAAAUAAUGAUACGUCUUUCAUA